UAAAAGCUCUCAGCUGAAAGGCAGACAGCACGUUGGGAAAACACUUCCAGAGAGGCCUUCAUCUGCAGCCAGCAGCUCUUCCUUACAGCAACACUCCUCCGCCGCCGAAACACAGCAGCCAUGACAGAGAGACGUAUUCCUUUCACCCUGCUCCGCACCCCCAGCUGGGACCCAUUCCGUGACUGGCACCAGAGCCGCAUCUUCGACCAGACCUUUGGCAUGCCGGCCCUGCCCGAGGACUUCGCCACAUUCCCCAGCACCCACUGGCCGGGCUACAUGCGUCCCUCCGUCAUGACCCCGGACAUGGCCGCCAUGGGCCAAAUGGGCCAAAUGAGCAGCAUGGGCCCCAUGGUGCCCCACGCCCCCAUGAUGUACCCAACCCCCAUGAUGGCCCAGCAGGCUCGUGCCCUGUCCCGCCAGAUGAGCAGCGGCAUAUCGGAGAUCAAGCAGACCCAAGACAGCUGGAAGGUGUCGCUGGAUGUCAACCACUUCUCACCUGAGGAGCUGGUGGUGAAGACCAAGGACGGCGUAGUGGAGAUCACUGGCAAGCACGAGGAGAGGAAGGACGAGCACGGUUUUGUGUCCAGAACCUUCACCAGGAAAUACACCCUCCCCUCCUCAGCUAACGUAGAGAAGGUGGCCUCCUCCCUGUCUCCUGAGGGCUUUUUGACCGUGGAGGCUCCUUUGAUCAGAUCGGCCAUCGAGUCCUCAGAGACCACGAUACCUGUCAACGUGGACAACAAAGGUGGCGUGGUGAAGAAGUAGGAAGAAACGCAGCGCAGUGUCUCCCACACACACACACACAAAUACUCUCUUCAUGUCUGCUAACUGCUUCUAGAAAGGUGAAGAAGCAGCUUAUCGCUCUCCCUAAAGCAGGCUUGUUCACACGCCAGAGAGAGCAAAGCAAGGGAUUGCCCUUGCUCUCCUCUCUCCCCUCCGUCUCUGGUAAUGAGCCAACCCCAGCUGAGCGCUCUGUGUAAACACAUCUGCAGCAGUGCCAUAUGCCUGCUCUUUCUGCCGUAAUUACACUCUUCAUCUGAAUGUAGGAAAUCUCAGCUUAGCCUCGCUCGCAGCUUUCUUUCUCUCUCUCUCCCUCACUUACACACACCUUCUUCAUUUCUGUUGAGUAAACUCGCUUCAUGCUGCCUUUACAGACACACGAAAGACAACAGUAAAGCGGACUGUAAUAGCAGUGAUCUUGUAAAGCGAAGAACCAAGGUCCCAGGAGAGCAUGCACUACACCAGUCUGAGUGCAGAACAAAGCCUGUUAGCGUACUGUACGUACUGUGGGUCUGGACUGGAAGUAGACUGGUCGUACCUGCAAACUAUUCAGUCCUGCAAACACAGAAUAAAGAACAAACAACAUA